GUUCCACAGUAUUUGACAGUUGGUUAGCCUAGGCCAAAAAUGACGCGUUCUAUUGUCCUCCCUACUCACUGGCUUUGCGGAUAGCUUUUGUAUGUUUGUUUUUAGCAAAUGGUUGCUACUGUGAUAUUUCUGCCUUGCUAGCUAGCCAGUAACUGACUAGUCUAUACUGUUAGAUAAAGACUAGCUAUUUGCGUUUCGUUUUUAUCCGUGAAAGCUGCCAUGUUAAGGCUGGACAGUCCAUAUCCAACCAUCUGUCCACUAGUUUUGUAGCUAGCAAAACGAGUUAGCCUCCGGUGCUGCAAACUCUUGAGAUUUGUCUUUUAUUGUUACUUAAAGUCGAUUAGCCACCACAGGGUGCAAUGCUACCACAACUUUUAGCUUCUAAUAUUACUGGAUGGAAACAAUGCAGCGAAGCCUAGAGUGGGCAAGGGGUACGCUCUUGAAUGUUGCUUCAGCAGACGGCCUGAUAGCCUAAGUAUCCGAGUUCAUCGAGGAGAUUCGCACCUAUGGUCGGCAUGCACAACAAACCAGUUCCGGUCACCAGGCUCCAUUGACUUGGACUGGAGCAAUGGGGGCUCCUCAUUAUCACAUCACCGGAGAGCAGCUGAGGUUUCUCAUGUCCUGUGCUUUCAGCCUCUCUCAGAUGGCUGAGAUCCUCCAUGUGUCCCGUUCCACAGUCAAACGGCGCCUACGACGCUUGAAUCUUUCACAGGCAGGGCGUUUUUCAGACUUGUCAGACACUGCUAUGGACGAUAAGGUUAAGGACCUUGUGGCUGGGAAUGACAGAGUUGGACCGGAGUCCGUCCGAGCACAACUGAGGGCAGAGGGAAUCCGGGUGCAGAGACGCAGAGUGAGGGACAGUAUGGUUCGCGUUAACCCGAGGGCGGUUGCCCUCAGAGCCAUGUCGCAGAGGCUGCACAGAAGGUCCUACUGUGUCACUGGUCCAAAUUCUUUAUGGCACCUGGAUGGAAACCACCAACUGAUAAGGUGGAGGAUAGUCAUCCACGGUGGCAUUGAUGGCUACAGUCGCCUUGUUGUGUUUCUCCGUGCUUCCAGCAACAAUCGCAGCAGUACUGUAAUGGACUGCUUUAUGAAAGCAGUGACCAGAUAUGGUGUUCCAUCCAGGGUCAGAACAGACCACGGAGGAGAAAACAACGCUGUCUGUUUAUUCAUGAACAUUUUCCGAGGGUCUUGUAGAGGCAGUACUUUGAGGGGAAGGAGCACACACAAUCAGAGGAUUGAGAGACUGUGGGGUGACCUGUGGCGUGGCCUGACCAAUGUCUACUACCAUCUGUUCAAUUUCCUUGAGAGUGAGGGGAUUGUGGACAUUGACAAUGAAAUGCAUGUCUGGGCUCUGCAUUAUGUGUAUCUCCCUAGAAUAAAUAGAGACAUGGCAGACUUCUGCCAGCAGUGGAACCACCAUGGUUUGAGGACUGAGAGGCACCAGUCCCCUCUGCAGAUCUUCGUUAGAACCUGCCUUGUACAACAGAGGCUACCUACUACUGCAAUGCAGGACCUCUUUGCUGCCACACCCACAGGAGGUGAAAGGGCAGACAGCACUGUACCCAGAGGAAUGGACGGGGCGGCUCAGGGCGGGGCGGCUCAGGGCGGGGCGGCAGGGCGGGGCGGCUCAGGGCGGGGCGGCAGGGACACCUGUUGUUCACUGGCCAGAGAGAGUGACCAUACCUCCAAACCAGUUUACUUUGGGAAAUGCUCUCAUGCAAGUACUUGCCGCACAAAUCAAUCCCCUCGGAGGCCUCAGAACAGCCCUUGGAAUGGACAUCCUGCAAGAGGUCAUUUCUUUCCUGGAGUCCUCAAAUGACCAAUAAGAUUUUGGACUUUCAGACAAGGAAUACGAAAUGAGAAUUAUAUUUGCACUGCCAGUUGCACUGCUACUUACUUUACUCUGUAAACUUUUUUUUUUGCUUUUUGUCUUUUAUUGACCUUUUUGAUGUUUCAUCAACUGGUGCCAAGUUGUUGACCAGUGGUGCUAGUUGUGCACAAAAUAAUUUUUUUAACACUGCAGGCCACUCCCAUCAUACUUGAUAACCACAGAAACGUAUUACAUGGUAUAUAGGCUUAGACUGACAUCUAGUGGACAAUUAGAACAACACAUGUUGCAAUUUGUGUUGCGGGCCCUGAAUUUCUAUUACACACUAAGUGUGUACGUGUAUAUACAGUGGGAAAAUGUGUCCAAACUUUUGACUAGUAAUAUGUAUGUAAGGGAUAAUGUAUAGAACGCCGGUCAUUAUCGGGAAAAUAAGACCCUAAUAAACAAUAAUAAUUGCAGUAUCACAUCCAUCCACCCCUCCACCAAAUACACCUGCAUCUUUCCAUCCAACUCUUCAUUAUUCCCUCCACCCCAUCAACCAUUCUUGAGAGCAACAUUUUGGAGCUGAAGUUUCAGCACCGCAGUUCUAGGAUUUCUAGAUUUUCGCCAAAAGACCAAAAAGAGUGCGACCAAAGCAGUAUUCCCCACAAAUAGUACUUUCUAUCUUCAACUUGGAUGUUAACAGUUGUAUGUUUAGCAAAGUGUAAUUAGCUCAUUGUUAGGUAAAGACAAUCAUAUAUCUCAGGGACUGCUUUGAUAACACAGAAUGGUCAGUGUUUUUUGCCAACACACUUGAUGAGGCUUUGUCAGCAUAUGUAAUGAUGUUUGACCUGUAGCUCUUACAUCAAUGUCGAUGAAGAGUUUUGAAUGUCUGAUACUUUUGUAACUACAAGAGACAGUCCAGAACCUGGCAGAUCAACUCCAGUUUGCCUACAUGAAGAGUAGAAGUCUAGAUGAUGCUGCCCUUACAUUGCUGCAUCAUGUACAUUCCCAUCUGGAAAAACUAAAAGGCUUGUGUUUGUGGAAUAUCUAUAGUGCCUUUAACAGAAUGUAAACACGUCUAUUGUGAAUACAACUACUAAACAUGAGUUACUCCUUGAUUCAUACUGCAGAUAAUUAAAUUCCUAACACACACAGGGUUCUGUCUUCUCCCCGGUCAAAAUACUUUCGCAAUGGACGUAUUCUGAUUCAUUUCAUUAUUUUAUCCUAUGCUCUAUUAUACAUACAUAUCAAAGUUAUCUGAGGAAAUAUAAGUUAAACUCUAAUCUGUUAUACUUCAUUUGUGUGAUGGAUGGGGCUUUGGGGGAUCCACCACUUCCUUCUCUUCUGUUGCUGGUGGUGAACCUCUGGUGGAUGGAUAGGCUGCAUGAGGAUGCUUCCUUUGGUGUGGAUAGGCAUGCUAGGACGAACUGUUUUGUAUUGGACAUGACUCAACAUUGACCGCAUGUCAGUGGAUCAGAUCAUCUUUCUUAUACCUGUAAAUACUGCACAUGCCUGUGUGCAUAGUACAU